CCUCACCUGACGCUCUGCUGUUGGUCGGAUGUGGUAAGAAAUCCCGAUCGUCUACCGUCCAUUGCAAAAUUGCCUCCUCUUCCUCCUUGAACAUCAGAGUUAUUUCGGUCUUCACCAAAUUUGGUCUGUUAUACUGGGAAAUUUCUAAUACAGGCUGUCGCUGGGCCCUGCGCAAGUUUAACAUUGUUUUCUUAAACCAAGGAUGAUUAAGUCGCAGGCGGCAUUAGGACAACAACAACCAUGGCACGAUAUCGUAUUGAAGACGAAAUACAAUGACCCAUUAAAACUCAAGAGUUCUCUUGAUAGCAUGUAUGGAAAAGGGAAAUAUAGGGUAAAGGUUAGAGCCAACCGAUAUAUUCUGCAAUUACCAGAACAACCGCAACGGGCUCAAAUAGUCGAAAUAGAGAAUACAAUCCAUUCCCACUACAAUGGUUGAAGUCGAGAAAAUCGAUGAAGGAUAGGGAUAACUACCACGAAAUUCGCACUGGUUUGAGCGUCAGCAUGGUUAUUAUUUGAUGGAGGCACCACUAGGACUUACAGAAAGAAUAUGAGCCUGGGUAUCAAAUCAAUCAAUCCUCUAACGCCGACGUAAUCUAUAUACGUCAAGAGACACGCCUGUCCCCUCCGUGAACCCGCCUUUUGUUCACGGAGUUGAGUUUAAAUUACCACCAAAUUGCUUUAGCAAAGACUACUCCUCUUGCUUCGCCUUCAAAUAGAAACUUGGGGUCCUUUCGCAUGUUUUUCGGAGUUUCUCCAUGUCCCUAAUGAGCUGUAGGACGUUAAUCCUUUUUUCACGAUCUGGUUCCAACAUCUUGUCUCUUAUUAUCUCGAGCAGUUGGUGGAGGUACCAGCUGCAUUUCUUGUGCCGCUGAAGCUCUGAUAUCCAACCUCUGACACUCGACUUUAGAAUUGGACGGUGGUUCCCUUUUCCUUGCUCAAUACUAAAAAAA